CGACAGCCAACCAAACCACUAUACACAAUUAUUUUUAUUUACAAACUAAUAAAUAGUUAUUUUAUUUUUUUAAUAAUUCCACCUUUUAUUGUUUCUUACUGUGUGUUUUAUAGAAUUGAUAGACAACAAAUGGAAAGUAGUCACAUUUUUUGUUGUAUUUGUAUAGAGGAUAAACCAGGGCUUGCAAGCCUAAAAGAAUGCGACGAAAAUGGAAUUAACCAUAGGGAAAAACUGAUUAUGUGCGCCCCAAAUCAAAAUUGGGACAAGAAGCUGAGCAUAUGCAAAUUGUGCAUCGAUCAACUAAACACUGUAUACAAGUUUAUAGAAUUAUGUAAAGUAAGCGAAAUAUUAAGAGAUGAGAAGCUGAAGCAGUACGAUGACGAACUAAGCAAACCACCAGGAGAGAUAUUUACCUGUGAUCCUUGUCAGAAAACCUUUAAAAAGAAAAGGUUUUUGAAAACUCACAUCACCAAGGCUCACACAGAUGAAAAAUUCAAAAAGAAAUUUGGCAAAAGAAAAACAGAUGAAAAAGAAAACACCCAAGAAGCAGAAAAUUCAAAUUUCACUGAAACAUAUAAAGAAGAAUAUCCCAAUAAUGACCAGUCAGAAGAAACUAAUAGCAAUGAAAAUGACAACUAUUUUUCCGAUAACGACGAUUGGGCUUCUUCAAGUGAAGAGGAAAAACCUAAACCAGAAAAAACAAAAAAGAAAAUCAAAAUUGAAAGGCCCGAAUCGUUUACUUGCGAAUAUUGUGGCAAACAAUUCAGAAGACACCAACAUUGGUCUGCACAUAUAAGAUCUAAACACACUUUUGAAAAACCUUACAAGUGUCAAUUAUGCGAGGCCAGUUUUGCUACAUCACACAGUCUUUUAGUUCACAAAAGAAACCACAAUAAUGAAAAGCCAUACGUUUGCAGUAGUUGUGGCAAAGGAUUUGUAUGUUCAGGAGAUCUGUUCCAUCACAAUAAAAUUCAUUUGAACAAAAAGGAAUACGAAUGUAAUAUUUGUAGUAAAAGAUUCAAUACUACAAGCAUAUUAAGGACUCACAAAAUUGUCAAACAUACUGAGCCUCAAUAUUGGAAAUAUAUUUGCAAGUUGUGUGACAGAAGAUUUCCUAUCAACAGCAGCCUAUCAUUACACAUGAAAAGGCACACUGGUAUCAAAGACCAUCCAUGUCAUAUUUGUGGUAAAAAAUUCUUCAACAAAUCUGAAGUAAGCAAACACAUACUAAGUCAUUCCAAUCAAAAAAGAUUCAAAUGUACUCUGUGCGAAGAAAAAGAAUAUAAAAACAAAGAAAGCUUGAAUAAACAUUUAAAACUAAUUCACGACAUGGGCACUUGGAAAGCGCCAAAAUUGGAAAAGAAAUAUUUGUGCUCGUAUUGUCCAAAAAAGUUUGAUUUUAAUAAUAAACUGCAAAGGCAUUUGUUGACUCACACUGGAGAAAAACCUUAUAAGUGUGAUUUUUGUGUAAAAAAGUUCAGCGACACUUAUUAUAGAAAAAGUCAUAUGAAAAAAGAACAUGCUAAUCUGUACGAGCAAGAGCAGGAAGACCCAAAAUAUAUUUUAGAAUAUAAACAGGUCUAAACAAAUUGUGUGAAAAUUUUCUUUUAUUUCAAUAUAUGUAUGUGUAGAGCAUUGUUUCAUUCUGCUUUUGCAUAAUAUUAUCUCAGAAUAUUAAUAUGCCUGAAAAUCUAGAAUAACCUACAUCUGUAGCAAAGAGGUAAAUAGUCGUAACUCCACUUUUUGUCAAUAUUGAGUUAAUAUCAUUUUCAAAGUGCCCGCUUUCAAUUUGUUAUUGUGGCAAAAAAUCGUAAGUCCCGCUUUGUUGGUUGCCUGUAUUUUUAGUUUUUUUAAAGAUAGUAACUCCAUGUAUUAGUGGGGUAAAGAAUAGUAUGUCCUUUACAUACUAUUCUGUUAAUACCUAAUAUGUUGAUUAGGUUGAAAAAUAAUGUUGUAAAACAAAAAGUCAAGAUAGUUCCGAUGAAGAAGACAGCGAAUAAAUUUUGCCUUGUACAAAUCAUAAUCUUUUUUGUCUAGGACAUCUUCUUGAAGAGAAUUACAUUUUUUUAAGUAUUUUGUGCUCAAUAAUCAUGUUAGCGAUAAGCAAUAAAACUGGUUUUGCAAUAUAAGACUCGAGAUAAGACUUCUAUUUUAAUGAUUACCUGUUUUUUCAAAUUGAGGUAAAAAGUCGUAAAUCCAAAAUCAAGAUACAGGUAAGUAUGGCUGAAAUAAUGGUAUUGGUUAUCAAAACUGCUAAUUAAGUUAAGUAGCAUACCAUAAUAACAGCUUGGUACCGUGUAUAAAAAUAAGUCAAAUUUUAAAGUGAGUUAGCAUUUCAACUUGUUUUCUUCUUUACUGAACUUUUUUAUUUAUGGACAUACCAUUGUUUACCUCUCUGCUACAGACAUAGGACUUACAUUUGAAUGAAUAUGACGUCCUUUUCUGGAUUUCACUCUUCCAAAAAUAGUGUUGAUUAUCUAGAAAGGAGUUACCAUUUACAGAAACAUGAGUAUCUUGAAAUAAUAUUUAAAAAAAUAAACUAAUUAAAUAAUUAUUAAUAACAAUUUUUAUUUUCUAUAACAUUUAAAGCUCCAUUCAUAAAUACUCAUUCAAAAUACAAAAAUCAGUUAACCAUGAAAAACAUGAUAGUUAUUUCAUAUUGUCCAAUAAAGACAACUUUACCCAUUAAUUUGAGUCUGGGAAGUGGAUUGCACUCAUUAUUACUUAAUUAUUGAAAAUAUUUAUUUAACAGGAUCAAAUUUGUGACGUUAUUAUUCAAAUACCUACUCGUUUAGAAAUUGAGGACGAAUGCAUAAACAUCUAACUAUACUUUAAUGGCCUAGUCACCUAAAUAAUAAGUAUCUAUUUCUAUACAAUUUAAAUGCAUGAAAACCCUGUAUAAAUUAAUAAGGCACUGGUUUGAUCCAUGAUCAUGAUCACAAUAAUUCAGGAAUAUAGCUCUGUUUAUUAAGAAGUAGUUUAGCUAAUUGCGCUUCGUUGCCAUAAAACUUGUUUAGCUUAUUUUGAUCAGUUUCAGGAUGAUAGAAGACCUUCAAAUUCAUUUCAGUUGCUCGCAUGCAAUGAAUAUCUUCUCCAUAUGAUAAAAACAUCUCAAAAAUAUUGCUCCUUGUGUUUUUCUGCACCAAUUUGGACAAAUCAUUGUCGGAUCGUAUCAAGGGUAUUGUUCCUUGAUUUUUUUUUCUUGCUGAAAAAAGAC